AGGCCAGCCCAUCAACCCCCAGUCGCGCAUCUACCCCGAGGAGAUGAUCCAGACGGGAAUCUCCGCCAUCGACACCAUGAACAGCAUCGCUCGCGGGCAAAAGAUCCCAAUCUUCUCCGCUGCCGGCUUGCCGCACAACGAGAUUGCGGCUCAGAUCUGCCGUCAGGGUGGGCUGGUGAAGAAGGGAAAGGACGUGAUGGAUUACAGUGAUGACAACUUUGCUAUCGUCUUCGCUGCCAUGGGGGUGAACAUGGAGACUGCGCGCUUCUUCAAGUCGGACUUUGAGGAGAACGGCUCCAUGGACAACGUCUGCCUCUUCCUCAACCUGGCCAACGACCCCACGUGACACACACACCACGUGACACACACACCACGUGACACACACACACCUACACACACACCACGUGACACACACACACAGUGACACACACACACCACGUGACACACACACCACGUGACACACACACACACCUACACACACACCACGUGACACACACACACACAGUGACACACACACAGUGACACACACACAGUGUGACACACACACACAGACACAACGUCUGCCUCUUCCUCAACCUGGCCAACGACCCCACGUACACACACACACACCUACACACACAGUGUUACACACACACACACCUACACACACACACAGUGACACACACACACAGUGUGACACACACACACACACAACGUCUGCCUCUUCCUCAACCUGGCCAACGACCCCACGUACACACACACCACGUGACACACACACACAGUGACACACACAGUGUUACACACACACAGUGACACACACACACACACAGUCACACACACAGUGUGACACACACACACACAGUCACAACAACCGCCAUUCGCCACUAAGUGGCGGUGACGUCACCACGAUGCUUGUGCCAGGCCAAGUGCACCUUGAGGCCACGUGAAGUGUCGAACGCCCGCUGGCAGGAGGUCACGGGGCAGACCCAGGUGCCACGGGUCGACUGACCGAGAUGACCGAGAUGACUGGCUGAUGCACCACCUGUGCCCCCUACUGUGCCAACUUGCUGUGCUUUAGCCACCCGGCGCUCCGCUCGUUGUUGUGAGCGUCGCUCCUCCGCCCUCCGUUGUUGUUGGAGGGCGACUGCCUCCAAUUGCCCAGUAGCGUCCUUCACGAGCCUCCUCCACUGAGGCCGAUCUUGACACCGCUGGUACCAGUCAUCGGCAAGUCCACUCAGCUCCACGUCCUCCUGUACCACAUCACUCCAUCUCUUCUCUAGCCCGUGCCGCGCCCGUCUAGCCCCCUCGAUCCGGCCAAACAAAAGCUGUUUAGGCAUGCGGUGGCUGGGCAUGCGGUGGCUGGGCAUGCGGGCUACAUGACCCAGCCAACGCAGCCUUGCCUGCCGGAGGAGCUCACUGAUGGGACUUUGCCCAGGAUGGAUCGUAGGCAGGCCAGCCUAAAUGUUUCCAACCGGCGAAGAUGCUCCACCAGGGGGGUCCACGUCUCGCAAGCGUAGAGAAGGGAGGGAAUGACCGUGGCCGAGAAGACCUGAAGCUUCGUGCGGAGCGACAGACCAGGUAGCUUCCACACAGCGUUACGCAACCGAUGAAAAGAUAUUGCCGCUCGACUGAUUCGGAGUGAGACCUCUGCUGUUAAACUGGAGCCGGUCAUAAGCACACUGCCCAGGUAUGGGAAACUCUCCACUCUCUCCACAACUGCCCCAUCACCAAUUGGGAGUUGUGGGGGUGGAGUGUCCGAUGGUACAAAAUACCCAGGCAGGUGCUUAGUUUUGGU